GGGCGGGCGGGCCGAGCGACCCCGGGAGGCUGGCGGACGGCGGAGAGUGCUGGGCCGGUUGUCUCCAGCGCGCACUAUCGCGGGCGCGUAGUAGAUGUCGCUGUUGUCCGUGCUUACGCGGCCGGCUGGCCGGCUCUGGAGCACGUGACCUGCGAGGAGGCUGCGGCUCAAGGCCAUUUUCAAAUCUCAUUGGCUUGGUUGUCAUGUGGUCGGCAGAGGCAUCCACAAUUACACGGGGAAUGUUUUCCUAGAGAUGUCAGCCUACAAAGGACACAAUCUCUCUUCUUCAAAUUCCUCCCCAAAAUGUCCUUUCCCAACAGCUCUCCUGCUGCUAAUACUUUUUUAGUAGAUUCCUUGAUCAGUGCCUGCAGGAGUGACAGUUUUUAUUCGAGCAGCGCCAGCAUGUACAUGCCACCACCUAGUGCAGACAUGGGGACCUAUGGAAUGCAAACCUGUGGACUACUCCCGUCUCUGGCCAAAAGAGAAGUGAAUCACCAAAAUAUGGGUAUGAAUGUGCAUCCUUAUAUACCUCAAGUAGACAGUUGGACAGACCCGAACAGAUCUUGUCGAAUAGAGCAACCUGUUACACAGCAAGUCCCUACUUGCUCCUUCACCACCAACAUUAAGGAAGAAUCCAAUUGCUGCAUGUAUUCUGAUAAGCGCAACAAACUCAUUUAUGCUGAGGUCCCUUCGUACCAGAGGCUGGUCCCUGAGUCCUGUCCCGUUGAGAACCCUGAGGUUCCUGUCCCUGGAUAUUUUAGACUGAGUCAGACCUACGCCACCGGGAAAACCCAAGAAUACAAUAACAGCCCCGAAGGCAGCUCCACAGUCAUGCUCCAGCUCAACCCUCGCGGCGCGGCCAAGCCGCAGCUCUCGGCCGCCCAGCUGCAGAUGGAAAAGAAGAUGAACGAGCCCGCAAGUGGCCAGGAGCCCGCCAAAGUCUCCCAGGUGGAGAGCCCCGAGGCCAAGGGCGGCCUUCCAGAAGAGAGGAGCUGCCUGGCUGAGGUCUCCGUGUCCAGUCCCGAAGUACAGGAGAAGGAAAGCAAAGAGGAAAUCAAGUCUGAUACUCCAACCAGCAAUUGGCUCACUGCAAAGAGUGGCAGAAAGAAGAGGUGCCCUUACACUAAGCACCAAACGCUGGAAUUAGAAAAAGAGUUCUUGUUCAAUAUGUACCUCACCCGCGAGCGCCGCCUAGAGAUCAGUAAGAGCGUUAACCUCACCGACAGGCAGGUCAAGAUUUGGUUUCAAAACCGCCGAAUGAAACUCAAGAAGAUGAGCCGAGAGAACCGGAUCCGAGAACUGACCGCCAACCUCACCUUCUCUUAGGUCCGAGGCCCGUCAGAGGCCAGGAUCGGAGAGGGGGCACCGACUUCCAGGGCCGAGUGCUGGAGGAUUGGGAAGGCGGAAACAAAACCUUCAUUGCUCUCUGUUUUUUGAUUUGUUUUUUUGUUUUUGUUUUUGUUUUUCCUGCUAGAAUGUGACUUUGGGGUCAUUCUGUUCAUGCUGCAAGUGAUCUGUAAUCCCUAUGAGUAUAUAUAUAUAUAUAUUAAAAAACUAGCACAUGUAAUUUAUUAUUUUUUUCAUCAUAAUGCAGGGUAACUAUUACUGCGAAUUUUCAUUUGGGUCUUAACUUAUUGGAACUGUAGAGCAUCCAUCAAUCCACUUGUCCAUCCAGCAAUGUGACUUUUUCAUGUUUUUCCUAACACAAAAGGUCUGUGUGUGUGGUUAGUCCAUGAGCUCAUGGCGUUUUGAGUACAUCCAGUACUUAAAAGUACUUUUACAUAUAUAUUUUAAAAAGAUUAAGAAAACCCACAAGCUUUGUGGGGAGGGACUUAAAAAGCACAUUACAAUGUAUCUUUUUGCAAAUGAGUUUAGCAAUUGUCCUUGGUGAGAUGGAAUAUUGAGACUUUGCCUUGUAGCCUUUCCCUUGUGGUGCAUCUAUGGUUUGGUAGAAGUACAACAGCAACCUGUCCUUUCUGUGCAUGUUCUGGUCGCAUGUAUAAUGCAAUAAACUCUGGAAAC